GAAAGAAAGAAAAAGGGAGCAGCUGUGCUAAGCCCAUCAUAUCAUAAUACCCAAGAAAGCAAAAGCAAAGACACACACACACACAACACAGAGAAAGAGAGAGAGAGACAGAGAGACAGAGAAAGAGAAGGAUUCAAGAGAGAAGAAGGGUUUUUUUCUUUCUGGGAAGCUUGAAUUAAUUAGUUGAUGCAGAAAAUGGAGCAGCAGCCUCAGCAACAGAACCAGCUAACGGUGCAAAACUCAGGCAGCCUUAGCUUUAGCAGCCAAAUGUCUAAAGAAGAUGAAGAGAUGUCAAGGUCUGCUCUCUCUACUUUUAGAGCCAAAGAAGAAGAGAUCGAAAAGAAGAAAAUGGAGGUCAGAGAGAAGGUUCAAGCUCAGUUGGGCCGUGUUGAGGAGGAGACCAAGCGCUUAGCCAUGAUUCGUGAGGAGCUUGAAGCGCUUGCAGAUCCCAUGAGGAAGGAAGUUGCUGUUGUCCGCAAGAAGAUUGAUACAGUGAACAAAGAAUUGAAGCCAUUAGGACAUACUGUGCAGAAGAAGGAGAAAGAAUACAAGGAUGCCCUUGAGGCCUUCAAUGAUAAGAACAAGGAGAAAGUACAGCUCAUAACCAAAUUAAUGGAGCUCGUGAGUGAAAGCGAGAGGUUGAGGCUGAAAAAGCUGGAGGAGCUGAGUAAGAACAUAGACUCCAUGCACUGAUUAUAGAGCAGCAGCCUUAGUGGUGAUAACUGAUUAGGUUUGUGUGAUGUAUUUAAGGUAACUUUUUAUAAUUAUAUAUUGGUGUUCUUUCUGGCUUGGUGAAUUCUCCUUUGUUUGUUUUAAUUAGAAAAUAUUUGAUGAAGUUUUAGCUGAUUUAGGAGACGAAAUACCUUAUAAGCAGGUUUGUAACUAAAUGUAUCUUGCCUCUGCAUUUUGCUUUCUUUCUUUCUUUUUCCGUGUAUGUUCAACUUUGUAAUGCUGUGUCUUUUAGUUUUACUUUGAGUUUGUUCUGAAGAA